AUGACAUUGGCCAAGGAUGCCAACUCCAAGCGAUCCGAUGAUUCGGAUAUCACGAACUCGACCAUCUUCCCCCGGACAAUGACUACGGACAAGGACUCCAAAUCAGUCGAGGAAUUCAUGAUAAAGGAGACCGAAAAGGCCACUUUGCUGUGGUGGAGAAACGCCGACGGAUACGACGUGAACAAUGCCCGCUUUCUCAAAUUCAAAGAUGACGAAGCAUUCUCCUACAGCAUGAGGGGUUUGGCUGGGUGUACUGGAAUGGUCAUCGUUAGUAAGAAGGGAGUGUACCUGGCUCAUUACUGGGAGAGCAUCAGCUUCAGCCAGAAUACUAUAGACGAAGACUCUGAUCAGACGAGGUACACGACCCAAGAUAGGGCCUUCCACUACACCAUCAUACACGCUCUCCGCAACGGCAUCAACAGACAAGGGAUUGUGGAACAAGACUCUCUCAAAGCCCAUGCAGGCGAGAUUGACGACGACUCAAUCCAAGGUUACCUCAUGAUCCCACGAACGGGCUACGCUGUAGAGGGCAUUGGUCCGCAAGACCCGUACCGCACGUACUGGGAGAAGCUGAAGAAAGAGGUUGGAACCAUCUUACCGAGGCUGAACCCAGACACGAACCCGAACCGAUGGCAUGAGUAUAAAUACAGGCCUGUUGAAAAGGAGGAAACAACCGAGGAUUUCGACCCCUUGGAGAAAACGGCUCGCGGCCGACUUCUUUUCAAAUACGAUCCCGAUCACCAUGGCCGUAAGAAGACCUUCCUGAUGAUGGAAACAGAACUUCAGCAGGACGCGUCUACGGAAUGGGACUGA